AUGAAUCUCUUUAGGCUUUUAGCCGACUUCUCGCAUCUGGCAUCUAUCUUCAUUCUUCUGCAGAAGAUGAAGUCGACCAGCAGCUGCGCUGGGCUGUCAUUCAAAUCCCAAGUCCUGUAUCUUUUGGUCUUCGUGACUCGUUAUCUCGAUCUUUUCUGGACGUUCACCGACUCAUUGUACCUCACCACGUUCAAGCUUCUCUUCAUCGGCUCUUCCGCCUACAUAAUCUAUCUCAUGCUUAACGACUACAAGCCGACCCAUGACCCUAAUAUCGAUACGUUCAAAGUCCAGUACCUUCUGGGAAUCAGUGCAGUCCUGGCGAUACUUUUCCCGCAUGACUAUCGAAUCUCCGAGAUACUGUGGACGUUCUCAAUUUGGCUGGAGUCUGUUGCGAUUCUACCCCAACUGUUCAUGUUACAAAGGACUGGAGAGGCGGAUACAAUCACCACUCACUACUUAUUCGCCCUUGGGUCGUACCGAGCCCUCUACAUUCCCAAUUGGAUUUACCGAUACUUCACCGAGACUCACUUUCAGCGGUCAUUCCAGCCAGUGCCUAUCAUUGCGGGUAUUGUUCAAACCUUACUCUAUUCUGAUUUCUUCUACAUCUACUACAACAAGGUUCUGAAAGGAAAGAAAUUCUCCCUCCCCGUUUGA